AUAUAUAUAUAUGCACACACAAUCUUGAAAUACAGAUAGAUAUAGAUAGAGAUAGGGAUACAGAGUGAGAUUCAAAAAUGGAUACGGAAAAUCUGAAAAAGACCACCCAUCAAGAUUUCACUGUUGAAUCAAUCACUUUACUCGCUUCUAACCCCACCAAGCUUGUUUCUGGUCCUCUUUCCGCUGUUUUCGGGUCGGGUUCUGGCUUCCCGGAGCUCCAGUUUUUGUUUGAGUCUGAAGGCCAACAAGCUCUCCACUUUGACCUUCGAACCACUAAGCUUCUCAGCUUAGGUGAAUUACAAUCACUUUGUGUAUCCGAAGGUUCUGAAAUCGUCAAAGAGAAACAUUAUUCAAAGGGAAUCACAAUUCAGUUUAAGGAAGAGGAGGAAAGUAGAUCUUUCCAUGUCGCAUUUGAGCAAUGGAAAAAGAAAAUAGUUAUUCAAGGAUCAACUUUACCAAAUGGAACAGUUUCUUCUAAAAGCAAGUUUGAUGAUAAGAUAGAACCAUCUUCUGCUAAAAUGUAUUUCCAUUACUAUGGGCAACUGCUUCAUCAGCAAAAUAUGAUGCAGGAUUAUGUGAGAACAGGAUCCUACUAUGCUGCGGUUAUUGAGAACCAAGUAGAUUUUGCCGGGAAGGUAGUGGUUGAUGUUGGUGCUGGAAGUGGCAUACUAUCAUUAUUUGCUGCUCAGGCUGGUGCAAAGCAUGUUUAUGCCGUGGAAGCAUCUGAAAUGGCCGACUAUGCUCAGAAGCUUAUUGCCGGGAACCCUUUAUUGGGACACCGAAUUACGGUUAUCAAGGGCAAAGUUGAGGAUGUAGAGUUGCCCGAGAAAGCCGACAUAUUGAUAUCGGAGCCUAUGGGCACCUUGUUAGUGAAUGAAAGAAUGCUCGAGUCCUAUGUUAUUGCAAGAGACCGGUUUCUUGUUCCUAAUGGGAAAAUGUUCCCAACUGUUGGAAGAAUUCACAUGGCGCCAUUCAGCGAUGAAUAUCUCUACGCUGAAAUUGCAACCAAGGCUCUAUUUUGGCAGCAGCAGAACUAUUAUGGGGUUGAUUUGACCGCUUUACAUGGAACUGCAUUCCAAGGAUAUUUUUCACAGCCUGUGGUUGAUGCUUUUGAUCCAAGGGUAUUGGUUGCUCCUGCAGUUUCCCAUGUGAUUAAUUUUACUACAGUCAAGGAAGAAGAUUUGUAUGACAUUGACAUUCCGUUAAAAUUCACAGCUUCUGUGGGCACAAGAAUACAUGGUUUGGCAUGUUGGUUUGAUGUUCUUUUUAAUGGCAGCACUGUACAAAGGUGGCUGACAACAGCUCCUGGUGCACCCACAACACAUUGGUACCAACUACGUUGUGUUUUGUCUCAACCCAUAUAUGUCAAUCCUGGGCAAGAAAUUACUGGUCAACUUCACAUGAUUGCACACAGUGCUCAGAGUUAUACGAUUAACUUAACCAUGUCAGCUAAAAUGUGGGGGCCUGGUGCUGAGCAAGGAGGAAUACUACAAACAUCAAGCUGUAGAUUUGAUCUAAAAGAGCCAUAUUAUCGUAUGUCCCAACCUCAAGCCUACUCAACGUCUCAAGAUCAGCAGCAGCCAAAUCAGCUGUUACAGUCGCAGGAUUUACAGCUUCAGUCUCUGGAUGAAGAUGGACCUGACUUUAUCCAACAACCUUUAAAUGAUUCCAGCGUCCAGAUUCACUGACUCCUUUUGGAAGCAAUGCAUUUUUUUUGGAUAAAAGGUUACCCUGGUUAGCAUAGAAGAAAUGCAUUUGAGACCCACACAUGGUCAACACAAUCCAUCAUGUAACAUUAUACAAGGCACCGCAAAAAUGUCAAGCUGGUUAUUUCCAAGACAGCCCUUCACUCUUGUGUAUCAUUUCAAUGCCUGUAAAUUAAGUUGAGUUGGUUGACUUGUUUAUUUUUUUAGUGUUAGCACCUCCUUUUGCUAUAAAAGCUGACAAUAAUUAAUUAUUUAAUUUAGCUUCAGUAGAAAGUCGAGUUUUGUGCCAA